CCGGCGAGACUGGCGAGAGAAGCGGGCCAUCGCUGCCCCGACGGCGAGCACUGAGGACAUCAUGAGCUCCAGGAAAGUGAUGGCUAUCCAGGCUCGAAAAAGGAGGCCGAAAGGGAAGAAAGACAAGACGACUCACCAUCGAAGGCCUGAGACGCAGCAGAAAGUCCCGUCCGCUCCCCCUCCUCCUCCCCCUCCUCCUCCACCACCCCAACCCGAGCCAGUCGCACCCCCAGAGCCAGAGGAAGAGAUUUUGGGCUCUGACGAUGAGGAGCAGGAGGACCCGGCAGACUACUGCAAAGGAGGGUACCAUCCGGUGAAGAUAGGGGAUCUGUUCAAUGGGAGGUACCAUGUGAUCCGAAAGCUGGGCUGGGGUCACUUCUCUACUGUCUGGCUAUGUUGGGAUAUCCAAGGAAAGCGAUUUGUGGCGAUGAAGGUGGUGAAAAGUGCUCAGCACUACACAGAGACGGCACUAGACGAGAUCAAACUACUCCGAUGUGUACGUGAGAGUGACCCCACUGACCCCAAUAAAGACAUGGUGGUUCAGCUCAUCGAUGACUUCAAGAUCUCGGGGAUAAACGGGAUCCAUGUAUGUAUGGUGUUUGAAGUCCUCGGCCACCAUCUACUGAAAUGGAUCAUCAAGUCCAACUAUCAGGGCCUGCCUUUACCGUGCGUCAAGAGCAUCAUUAGACAGGUCUUGCAGGGUUUGGAUUACCUCCACUCUAAGUGCAAGAUCAUUCACACAGACAUCAAGCCGGAGAACAUCCUGAUGUGUGUGGAUGACGCCUUUGUCAGGCGCAUGGCGGUUGAAGCCACUGAGUGGCAGAAAGCAGGAGCUCCUCCUCCCUCUGGAUCUGCAGUGAGCACAGCACCGCAACUCAAACAGGUGGGUAAGAUCUCCAAGAACAAGAAGAAGAAGCUGAAGAAGAAGCAAAAGCGGCAGGCGGAGCUGCUGCAGAGGCGCAUGCUGGAGAUCGAGGCAUUAGAGAGGGAGGCUGAGAGACAGAAAGCCAACGAAGGGUUAAACCCACCACCAGGACCUGCACUAGCGCUCGGUGAGAGCGAUGAUGAGGACGAUGAUGACGACGACGACAUAGAUGAAGAAGAGGAAGGAGAGGGAGAGAGGGAACGGCCUGUGCGAUUAACCAACCACACAUGUGCAGCUCCUCCAGAGCCACAACAGCGGGAGGACUGUGAAGUACCUCCCAACAUAAGCGUUCCUGAUGAUGACGAUCCCUCAGCGGCGACAGAGACCAACACACCACCACAUGAACAGAGCAACAACCCUGCAAAUGAGGAGGAGGAGGAGGAACAAGGAGAAACUGAAGAUGAUGAGGAAGACCAGGAGAAAACAACAGAGCAGCAGGAAGCUGAAGCAGGUCAGGAAGACACAAAGGGAGCAGUAGACAGGCUUGAAACUGUAUCUUCCAAUGAGAAGCCGGAACCAAAGACAGAUGAGUGUGCAAAGGAGGAGCAGCCUGAGCUGCCAAAAAAAGAAGAAGAAAGAAGAGACGAGGAAGGCGAUGAAGACGACGAAGACGAAGGUGAUGACGAAGAGGACGAUGAUGACGAUGAAGCAGAGGAUGAAGCCCAGGAGCUUAGGAACUCCACAGAGAGCCCCAACGACACCUCAAAAACCAACGGUCAUGCAGUAGUGGACGCAAACCAUCCAUUAGAUGUUGUCCCCGUGGUGCCCUCACCCUCACCUAUGCUGUGCCCGCUGGUGGAGUCAGAGCUCAGCGCCACUGACCGGGACGCCUCUGAGGCCUCUUACGAGCUGUUCAACGGAGAGACGGCACUCCGUAAUGGCGCUCGACACCGAGCCACGGCACCGCGCUUCCCUGAGCUCCCACUGGACCCCGAGCGUGAGCCUGAGGACGGAGAGACAAACCCGAACCCCAACGCCGAGCGUAGCCGCACAGUCUCAUCCUCCAGCACAGGAGACACUCCUAAAGCUAAAGCACGAGCAGCUGACCUGCUGGUGAAUCCUCUCGACCCUCGCAACGCUGACAUACUCAGAGUGAAAAUAGCAGACCUUGGCAAUGCCUGCUGGGUGCACAAGCACUUUACCGAAGACAUUCAGACGCGGCAGUACCGCUCUAUUGAGGUUCUAAUUGGUGCUGGUUACAGCACUCCUGCAGACAUCUGGAGCACUGCCUGUAUGGCGUUUGAGCUGGCAACAGGAGACUAUCUGUUUGAGCCACAUUCAGGAGAGGACUACUCGCGUGAUGAAGAUCACAUAGCCCACAUCAUAGAGCUCUUGGGCUGUAUUCCACGCCACUUUGCUCUGUCUGGAAAAUAUUCUCGGGAGUUCUUCAACCGGAGAGGUGAGUUGCGGCACAUCACUAAACUUAAGCCGUGGUCUCUGUUUGACGUCCUGGUGGAGAAGUACGGCUGGUCAGCCGAGGACGCCGGCCACUUCACAAACUUCCUGUUGCCCAUGCUGGAGAUGGUUCCAGAAAAACGCGCCUCCGCAAGAGACUGCCUCAAUCAUCUGUGGCUGAACUCGUAGCACCUUCCCACCGCUAGCUCAUUCCCCGUAGUGGCAGGGUUUAGGACUGCACCCCGCUCUCAGUCUGGGGGGAGAAAGAGGUCAGAGAGACAGUGAAUAUGAGAAAAUGAGAGAGAGAGAGAGAGAGAGAGAGAGAGAGAGAGAAUGGGGAAGGAAGCUGUGUGUGUGUAGACUAAUGUAAGACUGGACCAUGUUGUAGUGAGCUACUAUAGUUGGAAAUCUGGAUUCAUUAUACACUCUGUUGCACCUUCACUCACACACACACACACACACACACACACACUGCUGCUCAUUAACUCAAAUUCCAUUUUCAGAUGGAUGAACAGAGUGAUGUUUUGUAUCCUGUAAAAAUUACCUGAGAUGAAAUAUGCAAUGGAAGAACAAUGGAGUGUAACUACCAUCAAAACAAGCAUUAAGAGACAGCGAUUAGCGUUACCGCCUCACAGCUCCAGGGUCCCCGGUUCAAUCCUGAGCCCUGGUUACUGUCCGUGAGAAGAUCCACUUUCUCCUUGCGUCUGCAUGGGUUUCCUCUGGGUUGUCCGGUUUCCUCCCACAUACUGUACCAGUAGGUGGAUUGUCUAUGAUAAAUUGCCCCCAGCCAUGAAUAAAUGUAUGAAUCAGAGUUUCCGUUAGCCGGUAAAUACAGGUUUUUGACCUUUAAAAAUUCCCAAUGUCCGACAAAACCACAAAUUGUUGCACAGCAUGUCUGGUAAAAACAUUAACACGAAGUAGACAUACGUUAGAUAAAGCAUGUUCGCAAUUGCACACCUAAAUAAGGUCUCUGUGUCUGCGCAAAUAUUUUUCACUUUUCACGUUUCUCCUGUAACGUGCACUCUGAUUGGCUUGCUAUUACAUCCUUGAUACUUAUGUAGUUUGUACGUGUGCGCGUGUGUGGUACAUAACUAAAACAUUACAAGACAAGCCAGCAUGCAACAGCGCAACACAGGAGGAGCACGUCGUAGUCUCUGAGCCAUCUGAUAGCGUCGCUUCACCUACAGAGAAGCAGAAAUCUCAUCCAUUUAGACACAAACAGAAAGAGAUGACUGGAUAUUUUUCCCAGUUUGUCCGGUACAAUUUAUCAUUCCCAGACACGUUGGCCAGCACCAAAAUUUCUUAGCGGAAACUCUGGAAUGAAUGUGUGUGUGCAUGUUGUCUUGCAUCCCAUCCAGAGUGUAUUCCCACCUCACACCCAGUGUUCCCGGUAUAGGCUCGGGAUAGACCGUGACCCUGACCAGGAUAAAGCGGUUACUGAAGAUGAAUGAGCGAAUGAAUGAAUAAGCAUUAAACAGAUUUACACAUUAAGAAGAUUACAGGUUAUAGCCAAAUAGUUCAGGCUAAAAUUUGAGGGGGGAAAAAGAAGAAGAAGAAGAAGAAGAAGACAAAAUGUCCUUGAAGCACUUUCAAAAUAACUGCGUUCGCUUGUCUCAAUACUCCAGUGUUCAAACUCCAGUUGGCUCCAAACACAUUAAAGAACCUCAGACGUCGUCGUCACUGUGAGCCGAUGGAACUGAUUACGGUGUAUGUUUGAAAAUCAUGAGUGUGUAUUGCUAUGUCAGUGUUACUGCUAUUACCUUUUCUGAUGGAAGUAGGCCACCGUCUCUCACGUCUCUCUCUCUCUCAGCCUCUAUUCCCCCUUACAGAGACAGAACCCCCUGAGCCAAGGGCCUGCCACAGAACUGUUUACAGCCCUCCCUCAACCCCAAAAUCUACCAACACCUCCCAUCAGAGCUGCAUGCCACUGUUCAGGCCCCUGCAGACACACAGGAGACUCCUAACACAGAGAGACACACUGUUGCCUCUGGAUGGAAUAGAGCGUGUGAAACGAACAGAAGUCCGAGAGACUUCUGCAGACUGCCUCCUUUCGUUUCUCUGUGGUGUUUCUCUGAGCUAGCGAAAGCAUGGAGAACCUGAGGGGGAGAACAUGAGUGCGCAUUUCACUCCUGUUGAGGUUCUUCUACUUCAUUCGUUUGUUUCAUUCUGCUGUUUUUGGAAAAACUGGUCGAAGAAUCGAUGUUGAGCGUUCUUGUUGGAACCAUGUACUGUCAACACGUCCUCUUUAAGCAUUCCACAACUCUUUCGAACACAUGUAUGCUUCCUACCAUUAUAAAGCGUAAAAAAAAAAAAAAAAAACGUCUUAUUUUUUUUCCUGCAGCACCUUCACGUAACCGCCCCAAAUCAGUCCAGUUCUGUCCGAGGUGUAAAAAAAAACAAAACAAAACACCACCACAAGACUGAGGUUGCACUCGCGUUGCGUUUGUUCAGGGAUUAUGAUCAGUGUACAGAGCGCUCUACAAACCGACAUCUAGUCCACUGCGAAACAGAAAUACAGCUUAAAUAAAGGGAGGAGCCUCGUUGAACGGAGUUCCUUGCUGGAGUGUGUGUGAGAAGAGGACAAACAACCCCACACACAUACUACAGCCUGCUCUCAGUGCCAACGGCCCUCUUCUGCCCUCCAGCUCCAUCACUCAUCACCUAUUUUCGCAAUAAAAAAGUAUAAGUAGAUGGUGAAGUAUUUUUAAAAACAAUAUUAAAAAAAAAAAUAAUAAAAAAAUGACUUCUGAUGUGACGGUGACCGAAUAUCGUCUUAUUAUCGAGGUGAUUGUGUUUUGUCCGUUUAGAAAUGUUUUAAAAAAAUUAAAUUUUUUGUAAUUAUGAUAUAAUUAUGAUUACUAUUAUUGCCAUUCAUUUUUUUUUGUUUUUUUUUUUAAAUUCUGUCAUUCUCCCCCUUCGUUAGUGAACAGUGCUGCUCUGUAUGGACUAGUGCGAUGCUGAUCAAAUUUGAUCAAACAUUUUUGCAAUAAUAGUGAAUUUUUGCACCGAAAGCUCCUGAUUUCUCACUUCAGCCAUGCUGACUGUUCUUCCCCAACAUUCACGGUUACAUCUCGUCUGUUUUUCAUUGACAGAUUUAAUAAAAUUAUAAAUGAAUGGC